UGUGGCCAGUGGGCUGGAGGUCAUCGUGUAGGGGAGGGAUGGGCAGGUGAUGGUCCCACAGUUGGAGACAGUGUCAGGCGGUCAGCCUGACCAGGACACAGGGCCAGUCGCGGGGUUGGCCAGACCAUUAGAGACGGCUGGCGGGAAGUCCGAUGGCCAGCCAGUCACAGUGGUAGCUGGAGGCUGGCGGGCUGGGCAUCUGAGCAGUGCCACACGGCGGGGGCGCCUGUCAUUUGGACAGUCUGAUUGUCAGGACGGUGAGCCAAGGACAGUACAGGGAGCCAUUUGGACUUUCUCAGGGUUGUCCCGGAAGCCUUACAUGGCCACAUAGAGUCUGCCUGUCAGGAGACACCCAAUGGUUAGUUUCUCAGAGACAGCCACACUCUCGGACACCCAGGCUCACGGUCCUCCCCUUCAAGCAGCCCCAUGGCGGCCUCCCAGCUGGCAGCGCUGGAAGAAUGGGAGUCGGGGACCGGGACGCCCCUGAGCCAGGCCAGCCCUGGCUCCCUGUAUUCUGAGGGCCAGCGGCUGGCGCUUGAGGCUCUGCUGAGCAAGGGCGCGGAGGCCUUCGAGGCCUGCGUGCAGCGUGAGGGGCUGCAGCCUUUCCUGAGUGGGGAUGAGCUCCGGGGCCUGGCAGCGGCGGCUGAGGACUGGACGGCAGCCAAACAGGAGCCCGGCGGGGCAGCAGAGGGCGUCACCACCGCCGACGGCGGCUCAGGCAGCCUGACCUACUGGCCUGGACAGUCGGAGGAGCCGGUGCCCACGCUGCAGCUGGGCUGGCCAGAGGACUCAACCUGGAAGGGUAUCACCCGGGCACAGCUGUACACCCAGCCUCCGGGCGAGGGCCACCCACCCCUCAAGGAGCUGGUGCGCCAGGAAAUCCAGGCCGCCCGCAAGCUGGUGGCCGUGGUCAUGGACGUCUUCACUGACCCAGACCUGCUUUUGGACCUGGUGGACGCUGCCACACGCCACUGGGUGCCCGUCUACCUGCUCCUGGACUGCCAGCAGCUGCCUGCCUUCCUGACGCUGGCCCAGCAGCUGGGGGUGAACCCCUGGGCCACUGAGAACCUGGACAUCCGCGUCGUGCGGGGCUGCAGUUUCCAGAGCCGCUGGCGCCAGCACGUGAGUGGCAACGUGCGGGAGAAGUUUGUGCUGCUGGACGGCGACAGGGUCAUCUCGGGAUCCUACAGCUUCACGUGGAGCGACGCGCGCCUGCACCGUGGCCUGGUGACGCUGCUGACUGGUGAGAUCGUCGAUGCCUUCAGCCGUGAAUUCCGGACACUGUACGCGGCCUCCAGGCCGCUCCCGCCUGCGCCCACCCCGAGCCCCUUUGUGGGCGCCCACGGAGGGCUGCAGCUGGUCCAGAGCCCACACCGCGUGGCCCACCGCCACUCUGUGGCCCCCAUGUUGCCACCGCCGCCUGAUGGCCUGCUGGCCCAACGCCUGGCCGCCUGCCGAGUCUUCGAGGGGGACAGGCAGGAGGCCCCGGCCGUCGUGGGGCCGGCGCUCAGCGACAUCCUGAGGAGCGUACAGCGAGCCCGGACCCCCAGCGGACCCCCGGCCCGGCCCAGCCGCUCUCUGUGGGACCUGAGUCUCCUGUCCCAGCUGUCAGGCUCUAGCGACGGCGACAAUGAGCACAAGAAGUCCUGGGACCCCAAGGACACGCCAGCUAAGGCCCUGAUGAGGCAGCGGGGUGCUGGAGGGGGCCCCUGGGGUGAGGCGGACUUCCGUCCGCUGGCCUGGUCCCAACCCUGGGGCGGCCCGCUGCCCCUCAUCCCUGCCCGCCGCCGCCUCCGCUAUCUGUCCCCAACGCGCAGGAGGUUUGGGGAAGGUGCCGCAUCCAAAUUCCCCGAACCCGGAGGCGGCCGGCAGCCUGACUGGGCCACCUGGGCGGGGAUCAGGGGACGACCCUGAUGGGAGCCAAACUGGGCCGGCCCGUCCUGGGAGAGCUGGACGACCGUUACCUCGAAGCCCCCGGCCUCGCUGUUGUGCGUUGGACAAAGCUUCUGGGCUCAGGGUCUGGGAAGCGGAAGGCAUUAUUUUCUCUGUUCUAGAACUUGGGCUAGCCCAGUGCCCACUCUAGACCUCAGGGUCACGGUCUAGAAAAUGGGCAGCAAGUCUGGACUGGCGGGGAUCGUAGGACAGGGCACUGCUCCCAUCCCGGCGGGCUCAGAUGUUCUGAGGACAGGGGCUGGGUGGCCCCCUGCUGGAAUGGUCGGGGAGGGUGGGGGUGGGGGCACGGGGGAGGCCCUGGGCUUCCUGCGCCCACCGUGCUCGGGAGCUCUGGUCAACGGACUGGGCCGAGAAGAGGACAGAACCAAGUCUCGGGAGCGGAGCUGAAUGAGGAGGGACUAGAAUCCGUGGGGGCCCGGCAGGCGCUGGGACCAUUUGGUGGGCGCUGAGGGGGGAGGUGUUGGGGCUCCCUUUACAUCGGCUCAGAAUAAAGCUCCUUCAUGACCCAAAUGGGCAUUGCCACAGCCCAGCAGGAGACCCGGGAGUCCAGCCCAGCCCCUCCUCCCUCAGACCCGGGGGUCCAGGCCCCAGCCCCUCCUCCCUCAGACCCGGGAGUCUGGGCGCAGCACCGUGGCCCUCGGGGAGUAAGGUGCCCAGCGUUGGGUUUCUGAGUCACCGACAUCAUUGUUGCGCCGGCGCAGGUCCCGUCCCCCCCCCAACCCCCGCCUCCGUGGUACCCCUGCCGCCCGCCCCAGCGCGCCGCCCCACAGCCUGUCGAGGAG